AUGCAUCGUUCAUUCCGGGAGUGGAAAGAAUCUGAGAAGCUGGCUCAGACCGUUCCUCAACUACCGAGUUGCUUACCUACCGGAAACGCUCCAUCUGAAUUCUCAGGCUCCAUUUUUGAUGUCAAGUCAGGUCCGACAGUUGACUACAUUAUUUGCCACGCGGCCGGUGGCAUUCAUCCGAGUGGCCAUUACACUGACAUUGUUACAUUACUCUGCUUCAUAGAUGGUGUCGUUAGGAUGCACAAAGCGAUUUUAGAAUACCUCAAACUCAGACGAGCAGCAGAUAAUAACUGCAGCUCUGAAGUGCCGCGCACACAUUGGUCGACCGGGAGCAAUGGUUGUCCACCAACCAACACUAACUCUGUACUUGUUCCGUCAACCGGUUCGCAUGUCAAUCAUUCGCAGGGAAAACCUCCAAGACCCGAUGAUCGGUUACAUUUGGGACAACACAGUCCAAUGGAGACAAAAAGCCUAGCUAACUCUGUCUUGGUACCAUCUAUCGUCGAACCUGCCGAGCAAAUGUUCACUGAAAAGCCGAAGAAAGUCGGGACUGUAACUUUUGAUAAAAACGUCAAACAAGUUAAGCGGAAAAGACUUUUGGAGACCGAUGAUCCGAAACUUUGGGAAAACAGUAUGCCAACGACAAGAGUUUCUUCGGUGGCCAAAGUUCAAGAACCUGUACAGCAGUGGCCUGCAUCUGAGCAAUACCAAUCGUCAAAUCCACUGCAAAUUCCUUCAAGAAAAGUUGUGAAGUCGUCAGAUAAAUUGAGUAGAGAGUUAAACGCGGAAGAUUUUUCGAGAGAAACCUUAAAUGAUAAAUCGAACCAACGUUUACAGUCAAAUGAUUCAACUAAGCGCGUGCAAAAUGUGCUUGUUUCUCGCAAUUCACGCGAUUUGCCAUCGGUAGAUAGUGUGACUGGACGUCGGAACAUCAUAUCGAACGAGCCGGAGGCACUGAUCGACACCAAUUCCCCGAAUUACACAGCCUCCACACCUUCCCCACCUCCUAUUCGUCGAAGAAGUAAAAGUUUGGCACCCAGCUGUUCAGACGCACACCUCUUACAUGACCGAAGCACCGUGUUCACGGGAAAAAGCUCCGAAUCCAUUAGUGGUAAGCGUAAAGCUCGUACUAAUGCAGUCUUCGUCAAUGAUUGUUUAGAGGAGACUACUUACAAACCCAAGCGCGUACGUCCCGCUGGUAGUGAAAAUAAUCACUAUCAUAAUCAGGGAGGAUCAAGUUCACCCUCACCUGAUCCAUCCCCAUUUCCGUCCUAUCAACCCUCUGACCCCGAUGAAAUCGACAAAGCGCGAUUGCGUCGGUGCGCUUCUGUCGGUCGUAGUCUGGGAACUGCAGCUAAGGCUAGUCCGUCUAUCCCCAUCGGUUAUUGUGACGCGCAGUCACAUCCAAAUCCCUCCGCAAGGACACACUCAGAGAAGAACCAAAGGAAUCCGAACAGAGAUUUUUCACCCCGUCAAUCAAAUACAACUUAUCCCCAUCAAAAAGACACGUUGAAGGCUACAUCUUUUCGUCGACGUGAUCCAUCCCUCAGUUCCGAGGCCUCUACCGUUCAACCGCGUCAGUCUUUCAAAGGAUCGAGUAAGAAAUAUCAUGAAUCACGGAGACAAUGA